AUGUCUCCAACUCCAGCUCCUAUUGCCAUCAUCGGCGUCGGCUGCAGGCUCCCUGGCGGGGCCAGUAACCUGGACAGGCUAUGGAAGCUCCUGUCGGAGGGCCGCAGCGGCCGAACGGAGACUCCGGCGGACCGCUGGGCUGCCGAGGAGUGGUUUGACGCAUACCCUGACGCGAAACAGUCCGUGGUCACGAAGCACGGGAAGAGGCUAUCGGCAAUAUCGAGUCCUCCAGACGUCACCGGCGCCAUCAAGUCAACUGGCUUCGGUUCCGACUACUGGACAUCCAACCUGGUGUCGCAGGUGAAGUUCAGCCAGGCGUUGACGCUGCUACGAAACGACCAGAUCAAGCACGAUGCCAACAUGGACGUGGGUGUAUUUGUUGAAAUCGGGCCGCACUCGGCCCUUGCGGGCCCUUCUCGCCAGACUCUCACACAGGAAGGAGCUAAGAAAUACAAAUUCGAGUACCUUUCUGCUCUACAGCGCAACACGGAUGCUGUACAGUCCACCCUGGCGCUCGUUGGCAGAGUGUUCGAGCUCGGUCUCGUGGUCGACAUGACUGCGGUGCUCACAAUGACCGACAAGACAAAACCAGAGAUCAUCAGGGACAUGAAACUAUAUUCAUGGGACCUCGCGCCGUUCUGGCGCGAGUCUAGGCUCAGCAAGGCCCACCGCUUCCGCCAGUUCCCACACCACGACCUCCUCGGCCUGUUCGACCCGGCCAGCACGAUUCAUGAGCCGCGCUUGAGGUAUUUUAUCAACUUGGACAGCCUGCCCUGGCUCAGAGGCCAUAUGGUUGAGGGUUUCACCCUCUACCCGGGUGCAGGCUACCUGACAAUGGCCAUGGAGGCAACGAAGCAGCUUGUGCAGAUGAGAGGCCUCCAAAAGCCCAUCGCCAAGUUUGUCCUCCGCAACGUGGCGAUAUCCAAUCCCAUCGUCCUCAACGAGCCGGAUGACAGCAGCUCCGGCGAGGUGGAAGUCCAACUGAGCAUGUCGGCCGCGAACCAGUACGAGGGCAGCCGCUGGGAUUCGUUCCGGACCAGGUCCUACAACGCUGACGGCUCGUGGAGUGAGCACUGCUCCGGCGAGAUCACGGUCGAGCACGAGACGGGCGAACAUGACGAAGUCGAGGGGACCAGAGAAGGGGAACUGCGCCGGGAAGAGGCCAUGCAAUUCCUAGCAGCUUCUCAGCAAAGCUGCGACACAGACAUGACCAAGUCGGAGUUCUACGACUUUGCAAGACUGACAGGAAACGAGUUUAGCGGUGCAUUUACCCCAGUCGUUUCGGCCAGGUACGGCAAAGCCCGGGGCGUCUGCGAAAUAUGCACGCCAGACAUUGCUCCUUUGAUGCCGUACCGGUCCUUCAGGCCCCAUGUCAUCCAUCCGACUACCCUGGACGCCACCCUACAGAUCAACGCAAUCCUGUUCAAGAAAUUCGUCACCAACGCUGCAUGUGUUCCGACCAAGAUCCCGUUGUUGGAGAUUAGUGCCAGUCUCUCCACCACGCCAGAGACCAUCCUGACUGGGGCCAUGCAGAUCGAAGCUGACGGCCCGAAAGCGUCCAGGGGGGAGGGUUGGGUGUUCCAGAAGGAUGCGGAUGGCCAUCUCAGCCCGACUCGCGAGGAAGAGGACCGGCCUUUCGUUCAGGAUGCGGUGAACCGACUCGACUGGAACCUUGACGCCGACUUCAUGACAGGAAGCUCAUUCCGCCAGGUGCUCUCGUCUACCCUGGGCUUAGAGGCAAACACGACACACGGAUUUGACGGAACCAAAGUGUCUAUUCAGGAGUCUGACAAGGAAUACCUUGUUACGGACCAGGCCUCGUCCAUCUGGUUUCGAGAUGCCGUGCGCUACGUUGAGGAGAGCAAUGCUGGCAUGGUGACGCCGCAGCAAGUCAACUUCUUUGACUGGAUGAAGAGGUGGUUAUCCUCGGACUAUUGCCGUCAGAUCAUCUCAGGCUUGACUGCGGAAGAAGAGAAGGGCGUUCUGCAAAGCAUCGAGUCGUCUGAGACCUCAGCUCAGCUGCAACUCCUUGCCCGCGUCGGCAAAGCCCUCCCUCGCAUCCUGACUGGGGAAACCCAGCCCUUGGACGUCAUGCUGGAAGGCAAUCUCCUAUCGAGGUACUACGAGAGUGGUAUUCUUGUCGGCCCCUAUGAAGCCGUAGUGGCGUACCUGAAGAUCCUUACAUUCAAGAACCCGCGCCUUCGCGUCCUCGAGGCCGGUGCGGGGACGGGAGGCUGCACCAAAUGGCUCUUCCGCGGGCUUUCCGGCCAGAACGGCGCCGUCGGCCUCCCCGUCGAAAAAUACACCUUUACCGAUGUCUCCAGCGGAUUCUUCGACGACGCACGCCAGACCUUUGCCGAAUGGGAGGACGUCAUGGAGUUCCGCACGCUGGAUGUGGACGCGGCUCCCAUCGAGCAGGGCUUCGAGCCUGGGUCCUACGACGUGGUGGUGGUGGCCAACGUGCUCCACGCGACAAGGAAAAUCGACGUGACGAUGAGCCGCGUGCGCAAGCUGCUUAAGCCGGGGGGCAGCCUAGUCCUUGUUGAAAUCGAGCCGAGAGGCGCGGCCUUUGGUCUCGUGGCCGGCUCGCUCACCGGAUGGUGGGCCUCCGAGGACGAUUUCCGGGUCGACAGUCCGCUGCUGUUCCGCAACCAGUGGCAGGAUGUACUGGCGAGGAACGGGUUCGGGGGGAUCCACCUUUCUUGGGAAUGCAUGAUGGUAGCCAAAGCUGAGCCCUCGCCAAGCAACGGGACACUUGCCAGGCACAGCGCCGUUCUGAUCAGCGACGGCGUUGACGACCAUGUGGUAAAGACCGCCGCGGAAUUCGCCUCCCGCAAUAUUGAUGCCAUAGAGUGCCCGUGGGAGCAAGUCAAACCUCAGGAAGACAGCCUCUAUGUUAUCUUCGACCGCGCGGAAAAAACGGCUCCUCCUCGACCCCCAGCCCCAACUAUUCGAGACGGUCAACGCCCUCCUCAGCGCAAAAUGCCGAGUCCUAUGGCUGACCCCGCCGCCUCAGCCUACAAGGGCCUGGCCAACGCCCUCGUCCGCGUUCUCCGGCGGGAGAGCAGCAACACCGGUCUCGGCACCCUCGACAUCCGCCAACCCGCUCUGCAUCCGGAGAUGACGGCCCGGGUCGUCGCCGACGUGGCACGCAGGCGCUUCUGGCCGGCCACGGAGGACGCGCCGUCUUUGGAGCCGGAGUUCGCCUACGAGGACGACCGCGUUCUGAUCCCCCGUGUCAAGCCGGAUGCCGAAUUCUUGCAGUGGGCCCGGCGCCGUACGGGGCUGGGAGCCGCCGACGAGACAGAGACUGCCCCCUACCAGGGCGAUCGAGUGCUCAAGGCCGAGAUCGCGACACCGGGACUGCUGAGUUCGCUGCGCUUCGUCGACGAUGACAUGUCGGCUGCUCUCGGGCCAUUCCAGAUCGAGGUCAGGGCCGAGGCCCACGGCGUGAAUUACAAGGACGUCAGCCUUGCUCUUGGCCAGGGGGUUCCCGGCGCCCAUAUGGCUGGCGAGUUUGCCGGCGUUGUAACGGCUGUGGGCGAAGAUAUGCGGAGUUUGUACCAGGUAGGCGAUCGCGUCAUGGGUUUCGGCUCACAGCCGUUCGGCAACCUUUCGCGCGUCCAUGAACAUCUGGCCCACAAGACGCCUGGCUGGAUGUCCGCCACAAUCGCGGCAUCCAUUCCGCACGCGUACGUGACGGCCUAUCACUGCAUCAUGGGAACCGCCCGUCUCGAGAGGGGCCAGUCAGUUCUGAUCCAGGCUGCGUCCGGAGGCGUGGGCCAGGCGGCCAUUCAGCUCGCGCAGCAUAUCGGCGCGACCAUCUACUGCACAGUCAGCACGGCUGCGAAGCGAAAGCUGAUUAUGGACGAGUACGGCGUUCCGGAAAAUCAUAUCUUCUUCAGCCAGACUGGCUCGCUCACGCGGGGCAUCAUGCGACUCACCAAUGGUGAGGGAGUGGAUCUCGUGCUCAACUCGUCGGCAGGAGAGGCGCUCAGGGACAGCCUCGACUGCGUCAAGUCCCUUGGGACGUUCAUCGAGCUAAGCAAGAGUGGGAUGCAACAAGGAUCCCAGCUGAGCAUGGCUGCAUUCAGCAGGUCGAUCACCUUCCACGCCUUCGACCUGGAAACACUGUCGGCUCGAGACCCCGGGCGCGUCCACCGUAUGUUGGGCGACAUCAUCAGCCUCCUCGAGUCCAAGGCAUUGCGUCCCAUACACCCUAUCACCACCUACCCCAUUGAUCAGAUUGAGGAUGCAUUCCGCUUCUUAGGCUCGAGGAAGCACACCGGCAAGGUUGUCCUCCAGGUCGAGCCUACGUCCACGGUCAAGUGCCUCCCUGCCAAGCCCCUGCCGCUGCGGGUACGCAAGGACAGUACCUACGUCGCGGCCGGAGGCCUCGGUGAUCUGACCUCGCGGAUCUGUGUGUUUCUGGCCUCUCGAGGCGCCGGACAUGUGGUGUCUCUUUCUCGGCGUGCCAUCGAUAACGAGACGAAACAGAAGUACAUGGCUGCGGUCAGGGAACAUGGGGGCGAACUUCAUAUCCUCCAGUGCGAUAUCACAGAUGAAGAGAGCAUGAAACGCGCUGCGUCAUACUGCUCCAAGCUGCCCCCCGUUAGGGGUGUGGUGAACGGUGCUUUGGUGCUCAGGGACCGGACAUUCGCCCAGAUGACUAUCGAGCAGUGGAAGCUACCACUCCAGCCUAAAGUCUUCGGGACCCUCAAUCUCGACAAGUUCUUUGCCUCGCCUGAUUUGGACUCCUUCCUAACCCUCUCCUCAGUCGUGGCCGUCGUUGGCAAGGCUGGCCAGUCCAACUACGCCGCCGGAAAUGGCUUUCAAGACGCUUUUGCUCGUGCCCACGCCGGCCACCCUCACACGCACUACAUCUCGGUCAACGUCGGUGCCGUCUCCGUCGACGCGCACGCCGCCCACAAAGAGGCACAACAAGGCGACAUGUCCAUCGGUGGCAUGAGGGCGUCUCUCCGGCAGAACAGUGUUAUGGACAUCUCCUUUGACGAGUUCUUUGCUAAUAUCGAGUAUGCCACGACCGGUCUCGCCCGGGACCGCCACCUGCACCAAACAAUCCAGGGCGUCACGCACCAGUCCAUGUUGGACGCCAACGACGAGCUCCUUCUUGAGAAUCCCGUCUUCAGCCAGCUGGCCCAUUCACAGAGGAAGCAAACUGCAGGCACCACGCAGACCGACAAGAUUGACUUGAAGAAGGCUCUGGGUAGUGUGAAAACGAUGGAGGAGGCUGAGCAGCUCAUCCGGGACGCCACGCUGACCAAGUUCGCCGUCUUCCUUGACCGGCCGAUCGACGACAUCAGGGUCGAUCAGUCGCUUGCGACCAUCGGUCUCGACUCCCUCGUCAGCAUCGAGUUGAAGAACUGGGUGGUGCGCACGUUCCAAGUCAACCUCCAAACGUCGGAGCUGGGCGGUGCUGGCAGCAUUAUGGCACUGGCGGCGACGGUCGCCUCGCGGUCGAAGCUGAUCCCCGACGACAUCCGCCAAGCACGGCCGCAGGAGAUCACCACUCAGGCGGAGAAUGAGAAGGUCCCAACAAAUGGCCAGUCGGGGCCGAAUCAUAGCUUCUACUGUUGCAGGGCGAGCAAGGAGCUACCUAGGCACCCGCUUGUCGACCUUGACGAGGCAGUUAACGACCUCCUCAACAGCAUCGGCCAUUUUGCCCACACGCAGGAAGAGUAUGCGGAGCUCAGCCGCAAGGCCCACGCCCUCGCUGCACCGGGCAGUCUCGGCCGCAGGCUGUACAACCAGCUUCGCGCCAAGGCCGACGACCCAAACGUGGAGAGCUGGAUUGCUGGUCCCCUUCUCAAGGCACUGCACCUCAAGCGAAGAUAUCCUCUGGUGCCAUUCAGCAGCUUUCUCGGCACGCACUUUGACAGCGCCGUGCCUCACUCACAGGCCCAGCGAGCGGCCGCGCUUACCAGGGCCCUGUGCGAGUUUAAGCAUGACCUGGAUUCUAGGAAACUAAAGCCUGACUUUCUGGGGGAGAGGCCAAACUGCGGCUACUGUCUAACGUGGCUUUUCAAUGCCCUGAGAGAGCCAAACGUGGGCUGUGAUAAGAUGAUGAGGUAUCCGGGGGUGGAAUACGUCGCCGUGUUGCGAAGAGGACACUUGUUCCGCGUGUCACUACGGGAAGGAGAUGACAUCGUCUCGUAUCCGAAGCUGAAAGGAAUAUACCAAGCAAUCCUUGACCUCAACCUCGAGGAAAGGCUCUGGACGGGCAUCCUGACGACAGACAACCGUGACAGUUGGGCCACUAACCGACAGAAGCUCCUGUCGCUGGACGCGAGGAACGCCGCGUAUAUCAAAACGUUGGAGGAAUCCGUCUUUGUCAUGUGUCUUGAUGAUGACAGCCCGGUCACGCGUGAGGAAUGGGUCUGGUUCGGAUACCUUGAUGACUCGUUCAACCGCUGGCACGACAAGACACUACAGCUUCUCGUCACCGCCAACGGCAAGUCCGGUACCAUCUUUGAGCAUUCCAUGAUCGACUUCAUGACCACGUCGCAGAUCUCGCAGAGGCUACAGGGCAGCAUCGACACCCUGGACCCAGAGAACGACAUCCCCGGUCCGGACGGCGAAGCCGUCGUCGAUCCCGCCAGCCUGGAGGAGAUCCCCUUGGUGGCGACGACGGCAGAGAUCGAGGCCCGCAUGACGAUGCUGCGCAACAAGUACGCCGUGACCACCGGGGCGAAGAUCUACACGCCGCACCUCGUCCCGUCGUUCGGCAAGGCCGUCCUCCUCGCCCACUCGGCGCCGAUCAAGGCGACCGUGGACCUGACGAUCCAGCUCGCCAGCCGGCUGUACUUUGGCUACCUACCAGCAAGCUGGGAGACGGUGUCGACGGCGCACUUCCACCUCGGCCGGCCCGAGAUCGUGCAGGUGGUGCUGAAGUCAGUGGUGGACUUCUGCGACGCGGCGCUCGACAGCAGCGUGCCACGGGCCGAGGCUCGCGCCCAGCUACUGCGGGCGGCGCGCGAGAUGAACGCGCAGAUCGUCAAGGGCGGCGAGGGCCGCAACUACUUCCGGCUGAUGGACGUGCUUGAGGUCAUGAGCCACGAGGCGCACGAAGAGGGCGCCGCCGACGCCGACGCUGACACCGUUCCCGAGCUGUUCUCCGACCCGGUGUGGAAGAGGGGCUACCCGCGCCUGAUCAUGCAGACCAUGAUCGAGAAGAAACUGGCCCAGGAUCCCGGCUACACGAUGGAGGACCCAGAGAACGUGUGGAUGAACUACACCGUGAACGAAGAUUCUCUGGAGGUGUGCUAUGUCAGCCCUCGAACGGUCGCCGAGCGCUUCAAAGCUGCGCUAGACCGUGCGGCAGAUAUUGUCAAGACUAUUAUUCAGUCUGGUCGGGAAUAA